AUGAUCGUAACGACUUUUAAAAGCAACAGCGUGAUAUUAAAAAAAAUUUUGGACAUUCGACCAUUAUAUUCGGCAGUGAGGCAAAAUUCGCAAAAUGUGGAAGAUAUUUUGUGUCUCCGCGGGGAGAAGGAGAGUUACAACUUUAAAGAGAAGUAUAGAGUUUUGGACGAGAAGGAUUACUUCAGGUUCUUCAGUAAGAGGUCUAUGAAACGGGAACCGGCUCUGACUAGGUCGUUGACCUCCAUGGUGUACAAAAUCGGAAAGCAAAUGAUAUCGCUGGCCGAAGGCAUGCCCAACGAGGGGACCUUCCCCUUCAACCACCUGGAGAUGAACCUGAAGAGCGGGAGUAAGCUGGUUCUCGAAGAGCAGGAAUUGGCUAAGGCUUUACAAUACCUGCCCUCGCAGGGACUGCCAGAUCUGCUGAAACUCUUGCGUGAGUUGCAGCAGGACCUGCACUGCCCUCCGUCCCUGGACCGUGACGUCAUCGUGACCAACGGCGCCCAGCACGGCAUCUACCAGUGCUUUGAUAUGUUCGUUGACCCCGGAGACCCCGUCAUCACCACCGAGUAUACGUUCACGGGAGCCAACAGCGCGCUCCGUCCCUAUGAUCCUGAACUGCUGGCGAUUCCUGAAGACGAUUUCGGGCUCAUACCGGAAACCCUGGAAGCAGUGCUCGAAGAGCGAUCAUCCCGAGGUCUAAAGAUGCCGCGGGUUAUGUACCUAAUCCCAACCGGGAACAACCCCACGGGAACCAUCCUCCCCGCCUGGAGGAGAAAGCGGAUCUAUGAGUUGGCUUGCAAAUAUGACUUCCUUAUCAUCGAAGAUGAUCCGUAUGCAUUUCUGUAUUAUUCCCAGGAGAAAGUACCAUCUUUUCUCUCCAUGGACCAAUGCGGGCGCGUGAUUCGCCUGGACUCCGUGUCCAAAGUCAUCUGUGCUGGACUGAGAGGGGCCUGGAUGACAGCGCCCAGCUCCAUCAUAGAGCGAGCUGAGCUGCACUCCCAGUCGGAAUUGCUCCAUUCUUGCACCCUCUCACAGGUGAUAUUACAUCGUCUCAUCUCUCAAAGGAGUGAUCUCGCAGCGCACAUCCACUCGGCGCGAUCUUUCUACGAACGACGUUGCACUGCGUUGGGUACUGCUCUGCGCAGUUUAUCUCACUUGGCCCAUUGGGUUGAACCGAAGGCCGGUUUGUUCUAUUGGCUGAGGCUUCAAGGCAUCAGCGACGUACAUAAUAUGACAUUCCGCACCGCUCUCGAACACGGCCUAAUGCUCUGCCCGGGGCAAGCCUUCCAAUACGAGCACAGCGCCCCCUCGCAGCAUCUCCGGCUGACAUUCACAAGAAUCAAACUAGACGACAUCGAAACGGCGGUGCGCCGUCUAGCGGAGGUCAUUCAAAUUGAACAGAAACUGCAAGAGAGGGAACCGCAGAGGUUGGCUACCGAACGAUAG